GGGAGAAGCGACAUCGGUAACGUUCUAAUAAGCCGUAAUAGUCGGAAGGGCUGUAUCGUAAUUAAUUUUUAUUAAGAAUUUUCUGUUGUGGGAAGAAAAUAAGUGAAACGAAAUGGGGAAUAAGUCUUCCUUGAUGCUUCAAGAAGAAGAAAUCGCCGAAAUUCAACAGGAAACUGGAUUUUCACCAAGUCAGAUUGAAAGAUUGUAUAGCCGAUUUACAAAUUUAGACAAAGGAGAUAAUGGUACAUUAAGUCGAGAAGAUUUUCUUCGCAUUCCAGAAUUAGCAAUUAAUCCCUUAGGAGAUCGUAUUGUUCAUGCCUUUUUUUCUGAAGCUUAUGAUGAUGACCGUAUAAAUUUUCGGCAGUUUAUGAGAGUGUUAUCCAAAUUUCGUCCAAUUAAAAAAAAUAAAGAAAAUAAACUUAACAACCGACUGGAAAAAUUGCGAUUUGCAUUUAAGAUGUAUGACCUUGAUGAUGAUAAUAAGAUUUCAAGAGAUGAAUUAUUAGCUGUUUUACACAUGAUGGUUGGUGCAAACAUUUCUGAAGAGCAGUUGGCUAGCAUUGCAGACAGAACAAUUAUGGAAGCAGAUAAAGAUGGUGAUCAGGUGAUAACUUUUGAAGAAUUCUGUUCAACAUUGGAAAGGACAGAUGUUGAAGAAAAAAUGAGUAUUCGUUUCUUACAUUGAAUUAAGUUUGGAGUUGGUAUUAAACAGUUGCUUAUUUUAAAUAAAGAACACAUACUGUAGCACUUAUAUCUGUAAAUCAUAACAUCAUUAUAGUGAACAUCUAUUAUUAGCAUAAGAUGCAAAAAGAUUUUAAAUUUCCUAUUCCAUUCUUUUUUUUUUAAAUUAUAUUCAGAAUGUUAUGUUCAAACUCAAUAAAAAUGUAUAUAGAUUUGAAGGCAGAAUAUAAUAA